AUGGCCACAUCAGCUACCGACGAUGUUGCUGCCAAAGCAGACGGCAUCAUCUCGCACAUGAACAAUGAUCACAAGGACUCGCUCGCCUACCUUGCGACGCACUACGGCGAUCUUGCAUCGCCACUGAAGCCCAACCAGGUGCUCAUGACCGCCAUCGACAAGAAGCACCUCGAGAUCGUGUACAACACCCAAAAGGGCGCGACCCCGGGUAAGGGCAAGCCUGGAUCCAACACUGUCAGCGUGCCCUUCCACCCUUACUUGUCCGGCUACUCGGAAGUACGACAGCGACUGGUUGACCUCUCCGCCGUGUCGGAGCGAGUCAUCACCACGCGCAAGCCUGACAUUGUAUACCGCACACCCAAGUUCGCGCUGUACAGCGUGGCGUUGCUCGGCAUAGCUUACUUUGCCCUGCGAUCGGAUACGCUGGCAUCGCACGGUAUUUUCCAGUCGAUUUUGCCGGAGGGCAGGCUGACUCAAUGGAACGAGCUGCGAAACAAUACGCUCGGUGGACCCGCCAAGAUGGAUGCUUUCAUCAAGAGCAUUGUGCGCGCUCACUUGUUCGAAGCCGUACUGAUGGCUCUGGUCUGCUAUUGGAAGGGUGCCAGCAAAUUGGUCGCCAUCAGGUGGAUCCUCACUACCAUUCCUCUGGGUAUUCCGGCAUGGAUUGCGUUCUUUACGCUCAACUCGCACAAGAGGGCACUCAAAAGGUCGAUCUACAUUGACGCCGACAAGAAGAAGAAGUGA